AUGAUAGGGAGCACUACUUCUGAUCCACAGGAGAACGAGAUGUUGAAGCACGACAAUUCUGUUAGUGAGGAAGUCGAACCACUUCUGCAGCACCCGCGAUCCAGCACUUUUGGCGCGCCGGAGGAGGAAUUCAAGCGAGUUUUACGGAAAAGCACCUUCACGCCGGAUAUGGCGUUCUCAACUGUCACAUUCUCAACUGUUACAUGAAUUUGUCAUGCAAAAUUGCCAUCAGCCUCCACUUAAUCAAGGUGCUUAGCAUGACAAAUUGUCGAAAGGCUAAACAGCAUGAUAAUCUGUGGCAAAUCUGUGAUGCGAAAGCUGCAAGGUUGCCACUUUCACUUUUGCUGUUCUUGCAUUACAAGUCCAUGUAACAGUUGAGAAUGUAGCGUUUGAGAACGCCAUACCGGAAAGAAUUCACUUGGAGCCUUUCGCGAUCGACCGGCGAUUAUCCUGUGUAGAAAUCGAUAGACAUACCCACCUACUUACCAGAUCUUUUAUGCAACUUUUCAUCGAUCCAGGAUGUGGAUCGAUAGGUGCUGUGUCUCAACGCUCGGCUCUUCUCCAAAAAGAGAGGGAUACAUAGUAUUCGACGAGUCAAUAUUAAUUUUGGCAAUAUGUCAACAUGGUCCAAGUGACAGAAUCGUGAGCAAGUGGCUUUUUACUGAAGAUGCUGCCAAGAGAACUACCCUUUGCGGAUUUGUCUAGCUGCAGAGUUGGUAGCUCCACGUUGUUAUUCUUGUUUGUCAUGCUUAUUGUAAAGUUCCUAUGUGUAAUAAGUUGUACUAGCCGCUUGAAGAUUUGUGUACCAGACGCAGACCUCCCAUUUUGCCUGCGGGUUGUAAGUAGUUGAAAGUAAGUACUAGGGGCCCGGGUACAACUUCGAUUUUUAUACAGGAUAGAGCUUGGAGAGAAACAUCGGCGCACCCAUCGCUCACUUGAGUCCCGGGUACGCAGCCGUCGUGGCGGAUUUCUUUAUGGAAAACUAUCAAAAUGAAAAAUCCCCCCUCCCCAUAUCAAAACGGAAAUCUGUGAUGCGGAAUUUCUGUACACAAAACAAAUUUGUCUUGCAAUAGAGCACUGCACGCAGAUCGCAAGCCUAGGCAGGGGCCUCCUGCUGUAAGCGCCUAGCAUGGCAGACGUCUGCCCUGUAGGCCUUAUGGCAUUACAAAUCGCCUACAUAACGCGGCGGACAGCCUGAGUUUGCCUUCUUGUAAGACAGAGCGGAUUUGUGGCCACAAAUGUGCAUCGCAAAUUUUCAGGAGGGAGCGUUUUCAACAUGGGGAGAGGGGAUUUUUCCUUGCAAGAAAAACGAAGUUUAGCUUGCUGAGACUAAGAAUUUAUAUAUCCAGCUUUGGAAUUAUAGCAUGCAGAAGCAGAGAAGUGUAUCUGCAUAGUAUCAUGGUGCACUCGUUGUAUAUUAUGGUCCUCCGGACAAGGAGUUGAUGAUAAGUAAGUACUUAUCAGAGUGCACUACAACUCGCGUUGUGCUUGUGCAGUUCCAGGCCUGAAAAACGGUUCACCCACUAGGCUACCACUUCCAGGCAAAGAAAAACGUCGACCAACAUACUACGUUCUGUGCUCCUUGUUCCUCCUAGGACAAAGAUUUGAUCCUGCCGUGCGCACGACGUCGACGCAAGACAAG